AUGCCAGUUGAAUUUCCUGCUGACCAUCCUGUAGAACAAUUUGGACGAUUGUUUCUUGCUUGCUUGCUAAAACAUCACGAGCUUGGUAAGUAUUAUAACAGGACCCGCAGAUAUAAAUAUUGCCCAGAUUUUGCAUCUUUCGAACUUUUUUGAAUUGAAACGUACUCUAGUUUAUAUUCAUUUACAAUAGCGAACCAAAAAAAUGUUAGAUAUUCAGUUAGUAUAUCAUAUUUUACAAUUAUAGCAGUUCAAAAUGCAAACAAAGCGUUUGUUUACAUUACGGACUUUACAUCAUCUUUAAAUAGAAUCGAAAUUAUCGAAUCAUACUACGCAUAGAUUGCAUGUCAUUAUAACCAGAAACAAAACCUUGGGACGACACGAGCUACAAUUGCCAUACGAGUAUAGUAAUGUCAAUAAUAAUGUCAAUAAUAUCGUAGAGUUUAUAAAUUCAAUUUGGUUUUGACUUUUGGCAUCGUUUUAGUUCCAAUGGCACUAUCACUGAUUGAACAUGAAGACCUGGAUAAACUUCCAGAUGGAGAACUGUCAUCAUCUACAGAACACAGCUUUUAUCCAGCAUCCUUGGUACAAGUGUUAAGAGUCACUCAUCAGUCCAAAUGUAGCCUAAUUAAGGUAAUAAUCCUGAAUACGUAUGGCAAUUAAACAAUUACAAAAGGAAACGAUUAUAAUUAUCUGAUAUAGGCAGCACGCCUAUAGAAAUCCUGGAUUACUCUCGAAAACUACAAUUCACAAACCUUUGGAAAACUCUAGAAAAUUAAAGAUUCCUUGACGUCUUAGAAUGUACAUUAUCCAUAUAUAUUAUUGCUCUUGAAAAUGCUCAGGGGAAUAUUUUCCUAGAGAGGCUAGACUUAUAAAAUUUUAAUCAUGUGCCAACCAUGGCCUGCACACAGGCAGUUAACAAUGAUAUGCAGGCAUGACAUAAAGAAGAGAAACACCACCAGGAGUAUAAUAAAUAAAAAAUAAUGCAGAAUUUGGAAGGAAAAUGUGUAAUACUGUUUUAGUCUGUGAGAUACAGACAAGAACAAAUACGAUAAAAGAUAAACGAUAACUUUCUUGUCCGAAUCCCUUCCACUGUUAUAGUAAGAAACGUAAAACAUUUCUCCCCAAAAUGUCUGCAAUGACUGUACGCCAUGCAGUAUUCACUAUACAGCAAUAUGUACAUACGGUGUCUAUAAAUGUUUUUUUCCCUUAACAAAUUUGCCAUAAAGUCGUGUUUAUGUUUUCAGGCUCACCAAGAAUCGUACCGAUCAUAUGAAGAAGUGUGUGCACCAGCGAUAGAAAGAUGUCAAUUCCUUCUUCAAAUUCUACGUCCUGCCGUAUCAGGAGAACUAGCAGCUCUAUCUAAACUCAAACUACUUAACAUGAUUCCUCGAUGGAAACGUUUGGUUUCUCAAGUCAUUCAAGAGAACAGAAAGUCCAAGGAAGGUGAAAAGGGAAGUGUGCAAGGUCGAGAAAGUCAGGAGACAGAAAGAGAGGAAGAUCUGAGUGUUGAACGUGUUGCGCUAAGGUUGGCAGUGCUGGAGGAGUCGAAACAAGAGCAAGAGGUAUGUAUAAUAUAUCAAGCACGAGAAAGUGUUUAAAAAUGUAUUGAGGUGUUUUAAAAUCAAUAUAGUAAAAAACGUCGAGGUAAUGGCACAUCUUCGCUAAUGAAAUAAAGAGAAAUUUAACAGGAAUGCUUACUCAUUUUUAGGCGUUCAUGGAAAUAUUUGUGCAGCAAGAAAACAGUUUUAGUAUAAUACCUAUCGUCAUAGUCCUUGUCGUAUACUGCAGAACAUUUUUAGUAUACUGCGAUCUCUUUAAAGUGGACGUUUACUAGAAGAAAAAUGACUUGCUAUAUGUGUAGGGAGCCUACACUCAACGAAUAUACUUUAAUCAACUAACACAUUUUACAUAUAUAUUAAUGCAGUUUUUUUUGUUUUCAAAUAUUGUAUUUUAUAUUAUACAGACGUCAUUGGCAGUUCCAACGGCAGCGCUAACAAAUAUCAAGAAAUUCAAAUGGCUUCGUGAACGUGUGGCAAGCAGCUCGUCCGCCUCAGUACUGAUGAAUCAUAUUAGGGAUUUUGUAUUAAAGGAAGAGAAAAUCAAUCUUGAAAAGAUCAUGAAUGCCAUGGAGUGUCACGUAAGUGAAGUAAAGUUUUAGUAAAUAAAUCUAGUAAAUGAAUUGACUACGUCCUUUGAUAAUGAGCGAUAUUGUAAGAGGCAAGAGAAAUGCGGAAUAUUAUACAUCAACUCCCAAACACCAAUUUAUCUUGAUGUUUAUCUUUCAUUGGUUUGGUGAACCAUAUAUUUUGUGUGUUAUUGAAAAUGAAAAAAUAAAAUUAAUGGAAUUUAACAAUCGGGAUAAUUAUUCUCAAUAGGUGAAAAGAGCAAGGCUUCGUUUGGAAGGCACUCAAUUCUUGCUAUCAUUGAUAAAUAAAGGCCUUAUUGGUUCUGUCAAAUACUCCAUUUUGGGUGGUUGGCAAGGAUUGUCAACGAACACUUUCAAACGCAGGUGAGUUCAAAUGACUUGGUAGAGAACGGAUGUAAAUUGGAAAAUGCACGUCUCUUGCUUGAAGGAAGAACAGGGAAGUUAAAAUAAGUUAAACUAAAUAUUGAAGUAGAGCUUUUCCCUAUAUUUGCAUUUCUCAAUGAUACGUAAAAUCAUUUCUCAGUGAUACGUAGAACCAAAAUAUAUAGCGGCUAUGGGCAUUUCCAAAUUUGCAGGCUGGCAAUAAUGUUGUAUCAUGUACACUCAAGUAAAUUCGUAAAGUGUAUAUUAUGACGUCAGUUUCAGACCCCUAAAAUGACUAUGCAGAGACUUAAAUGGACGUCCAAUAACCACCAUGUGGCUUCCAUUUCAGCACUUAUCAUAUAACUCCAGUUGUGUCUUGAGCUUAUAACUGAUUGACACGGCUUUACAAAGAGCAGUUAUGAUUUUGUGCUCAAAAUUCAGGCCUGCAAAUAAUUAUUUUGCUUAGAAGGACAGAUGUCCGAUCAACACAAAAAUUCGGACAUUUAUCAGUUUUUUCUCGGACAAUGGACGAAGGAAAAUUUUUCGUGGUCUUUUUCAUAUUAGCAUGAUGUAUUUCGGCUGGUCAUGUUGAUCUGCACUGCAGUGCAUCUAAAACUGAGUAUAAAUCUAGUAAUCUACCAGUCCUACUGCAUUUUCAGUAAAUUAUGGUUCAGGUUGUACAUAACUCUAAUUUCUACCAUAUUAUAAGAAGACGAUUUAUAUUUGUAAUAAAUUUUACGGCUUAAUGCAGCCAAGAAAUAAUGGAAGAGUGUAUGUCGUUUAUAUUGCUUUGGUUUCAUUGAUGAAAUUAUGUUCAAAGUCAAUUUUUUGAGAUUGGAUAUUUGACCAACCAAAAUCGGUCGGUCAGAUGUCCGAUCCGAAAAAACUUUGAUCGGACAAAAGGUAAAAUUUGGCCGGCACUUAUUUGCAGGCCUGAAAUUUGACCGAAAUAAUAAUAAUAAUAAGGUCAAUUAAACAAACGAACAAACAGUGUACCGUGAAGAAUGAAUAAAAAACUUUGAUUCAUUUUAGGCCUCCUGUUCCACGAAAUCUUUCAGACGUGAAAUUAAUCCCCCCAUAUGACCAAGUAGUACUGGAUAACGCCUUUACAAAGAUAGAUCAAUGGUCUAUAACCUUGCUACGAGAUGCAGUGUUAGAAGCAGGUGAUACGUACAAGAAAUCACAGUUCAAUCUACGUAGAUGUACAUCUGAUAUGUCUCUUGGUGUCUUGCCUUGUGCUCGAUUUAUGUUAGCUGCACUUGGUAUGUUAACUGUCGAACAUGCUGCUGCUGGAGUCAGCUUGCUUCUUAAUUCUGGUGUCCUUGCUCUUACACAAGUAAGCAAAGUACUUUUACUCACCGCUAGUCCGAAACUGAACCAAUGUAGGCGUCCUCCUUUUUGUCCCUCAUCCUUUUCUAGCCUUGCUCAUGUCUACCGUCAAUUCCUUCAUGUUUAAAUAUUCAUACAAAAGUGGGGUUCUAGUAUAGACCGUGUUGAACAGCAAGAUGUUUUCGUUGAAGGAUGUACCUAUCUGAAAAAUAUGGAAAGCACGUCGAGUUCAAAAAAUCGAAUUCUUUUUUCACAGUCCAUCCAUUUCUUCUUCGGUGUUCCCGUUCUCUGUUCGCCUCUGUCUUCAGUUCCACAAUGCUGGCCAUCCUUUCUUAUAACAUGUCUACACCAUCAGCCUUGCUAUAAAGUGACCUUCUCAGUAAUAUAUCUACUAACACACAGUCAUGCUCAUCUUUCGCCCUACAGCACAUAUUGUUGGCAAUAGUAUUUACUAUGCAUUGGCACAAUCCUUAAUUGUUGUUGUGUAUUAAUAACACAGGUAUACCAUAUGCAGAUUAAAUCUGCGGCGUUCUGACGAAUGAUUUAUAAUGCUGGAAAUUGUGACAAGUAAAACUUGUUUCAGGUGUUACAGAGUGUGGGGUUCAAUUUUUGAUAUUGCAAUAGGCAAUUCCAGCUUUUAAUUUGUGCGCGCAGGGGAGGAUGGGAAGUAAGGUAUCAUAUUGCUGAUCAUGCUGAAAAAAUAGAAAUGACGGCCGUGUAAACACGGGGUGAUAGCUUAUACUUGUAAAUCAGUAUUGAAAUAUUUUGAUUGUUUCGGCAGUUUUUAUUGAAAUUUUUCAGCAUAAUCAGCAAUAUGAUACCUUACUUCCCAUCACCCCCUGCGUGCAUAAAUUAAAAGCUGGAAUUGCCUAUUGCAAUUAAAAUCACAAUCAACAAAAUAUUUAAACAUUAAUUUGUAGGUCGAAUGAGAUAUUGAUAUUUUACUUUCCAGACAAUCUUGCGACUAGCAGGACCAUCUGAUGAGAAUAAUGAUGAUGAUGAGAUGUUAGCAGCAGCCAUUAUUGAUGAAAAUAAGAAACCACGCACACCUCCGCCUUUACCUGCAGUAGGACCAGAAAUGGCGCGAAUGAUGAAAGUUGGUACUAAAGUAAUUCGUGGACCUGACUGGAAAUGGGGAGAUCAGGUAUAUCGAAAUUAAUUUGCAAUCAAAGCAUAUUACAGUCUAUAGAACUGUAAAUAUAUUUGCUGAUAUAUAAUCACAUGUAAAUUAGUAGUUUUUGAAUCUACGAAGUAGAUUAUAUGCUAUCGACGUGUUAGCUGUUCACAUUGGCUUUAUAUGGGUCAGUGGGCAUGAGUCUCUAUUAUUAUGGCGUGUACGAAUUCGUCACGCGAAAAACGCGUUCGGAUUGUGCACGCAUAAGACACAGUUACUGUGGGUUUUUACUACGAUGGAUUUGUUAAGUGUGCAACUAAGUAUCGUCCUACAAUUAAAUUACAAUAAUAUUUUAAUCUGGAAUAACCGUUUUAGCGCAAAUUACUGGUAUAUCAAUUACCUGUUUAUGCACGCAUAUAUUAUUUUCUGAUUAUGUUCUAGACUAGCUAGUACUUGGCGGCCAUUCACUUUUUACAGUUGUCAAUCUACUGGGUAGGGUGGGGGCAACGAUUUAUUGCUAUUCGUAGAUUCAUGUACGCGUAGAGUACCUAUUUUUUGUUUUAUCCAAGUUCUACUGACAUAUUCAAAACGUUUGCCAACCGAUAUUUUCAGCAAUAGUAACGUGAAAUGAAUGCCAGUACUAUAAAAUUACAUGUUUUGAUCAAUAAAAUAAAUGAAUCAAUAAAUCAGAAUAUAUUUAAAACAUUCAUUUUGACAUUCAAAACCCCACCUCAGCUUUUUCAAUGCGCCGUUUGUGUUUGAGUGAUGUCAUUGUUAAAUACUUCCGCAGGAGACAGGUAUAAAAAAUACCCUCUACGAUUGUGUUAUGGACUUUGAUCGAACGUCCAUAAGACGUCACAACAUUUUCUUGUCUUUUGGUAGUCUUCUUUCUCACACACAACAUAUAAUGCACAAUUACACCCCCUUUACCCUACUUAGUCCACACAAUGGAGACAGAAAAAAUAACGUAAAGAAGUCGAAAGUCUCAUGCUUCGGCGUAUGUAGAGACCUGACGUGGGGCAAUAGGCAUUGAUUCUUCAGCAUUUCCAUUGUUUCUCGUGUUAUAGCAAUUCCUUAUUAGAAUAUUUGUUGAAUUAAAUUGUAUUUUGUAUUAGAGCAUCAGGAACUUUGUGCUAGGAUCACUGGAUUAUUUAUAGUAUAGUUAUAAUCUAAGGAGUUUUAUUGAGUUUUAUGUAAUUUUAGGAUGGCAAACCAGCAGGUGAAGGUCGUGUUGUGGGUGAACUUGGUGAAGAUGGUUGGGUGCGAAUUCAGUGGGAUACUGGGUGUACAAACUCAUAUCGUAUGGGAAAAGAAGGGAAGUAUGAUCUACAACUAGCAGGACCUCCACCAAUACCUGAGAGCAGUGAUGACGACGAUGAAGAAACGAAGCCAGGUAUAAAUGGUUCGUUCAAAUCCAAUCAUCCAAAAUAAUAAUAAUAAUUUAUUUGAUGUUGAUUACAUAUGACGUGGCUGACCAAUUUACCUGGGCCGGAAGCUCGUGAUUCAUGUGCUCAAAAACUAAUGCUUGAGACUAUAGUUUUUGGUGAGGGAGGAAACUGAAGUCUGGAGGACCGGGAGAAAAACCCUCGAAGCACAGAAGAAAACCAUGAGUUUUCAAGUACAGGGAAGAUACCCUUCCCUCGACCAGGGACAUCUGCCACAACUCAGGGACAUCUGCCACCCGUUUGCUCAAAACAUCCAAACUCAGAGAAUAAACAGAAAAUAAACAUCUAAAGCAAGAAAUAACUGCAUUUGGAAGUUAGUAAAUGAAUUGAAAGUUCAAGCAAUUCAUUGCAAAGUUCAUUGCAAAUUCAAGUAAUAAUUGUGUGUACAUAAAAAAGGGACAGCAGAUAUUAAAAAGUAUAAAUGAGCUAAAGUCUGAGUCUUUUAUGAUUUAUAUAUUAUACAUAUAUUAUGUAUAAUUUUUUUAAGUACAUUAAAUGAAAUUAAAUUAUGUUGCCAAUAUAAUCUAAUUGAUUAAAUUUUCUUUGUCCUAUCUAUGCAGAUAAUAAAAAGCAGAACGUGCGACCGUCCAAUGAUGGCAAAUUAUCUGUUCAUCCAACUGUCCUGAUACGUCGCGCCACCUUAAGUUUAUUACGGUGCUUAGUUAUUUCUGCUGGUAUCCAUGCUGAUGACAUCCCAAUCAAUGCAUUGAAAACAGUUUCUGGUCUUCUGUUGACUAUUUUGGACAAAGGAAGUUCAGGUAUAGAUACGGUAUACAUUUCUAUAUUACUAUUCAGGGUUGAGAAGUUUCUAUACUGGAUAUUAAAAAGUAGAAUAGCGCAAUUUAAUAUCUAGGUUCAACAUAAAUAAGGUCAAUAUAUCUUCGAUAACCACACAACUUAUUAAUCUGGAAGCUUAGAUGCAACCUGUUGUCCGAGGUGGUCUGGGAACUAGCAGUGGUACUUGGAUUAAGGAAAGCUCCAUGCAAAUGGUAUCUUGAACUGCUAACCAAGGGGAUGCAAGCAUCACCCAUGCACUCAAUACCAAGCUAGGCGCGACCACUAUUACCUUGUACACCGCGAACGAGAAACAUGUAUGAUGCGGUGUCGUUGAAAACAAACGUCAUACAAACAGCACGGGAUUCAGUUAAAUAAAAUUAAAUGGGAAGUAUGAAAUAGAAUGAAAUGCAGAGGUGGAAUAUCACUUGGAAAUGGAAACAGAUGAUAAGAGACUGAAGUUAAUGGAUUAGAAACGAUAUAGCAUAGCAUAUAUAGCAUAUAUAUACUAAAACUGUCUGUACCAGUGUGGGUAUAGUACCAAUGUGAAAAUGCUGUGCUGAGUGGUUAUAUUACUACCUUAAAAAACAAGCCGAAACUCGGCACAGCAUUUUAUAUAGCAUAUAGCAUAGCAUAAAGUAGAAUAGAAUGAAUUGAAAUACAGAACAAAACUUUAACCAAAGAAAAAUGUUUUGCUCCCGUCAUAGAAUAUUGGUUCCUGACAUAUUACAAUUUUAUAUUUUGUUUCAGAAAAUGACAGAGAUGUAAUUUACCAGCAACAACAUCAUGAAUGGGCGAAGCUAGGUUGUAUUCGUGGAAUAACAUUAACGCCAUCUGCAAGUAAAGUGUUCAGCUCAUCUCAUUGGAUCAACUUAUUUCUACGUAUAGUGGGUGGUAAUUUGGGAGACGCCAACUUUUGUAGUCCAGCUAAUGCUGAACUUAAGUCACUGCAAGAAACAAAAUUAAUUGCACAGUUACCAAGACAGGUAAACUGAUAUAAUUGUGUUAUCUAAUACUGAUAUAAUUGUGUUAUCUAAUACUGAUAUAAUUGUGUUAUCUAAUACCAGCAGGUACAAAUAUAUGUAUAUUGAAAACUUCAAGAUCUUUGGUUUUCCCCAACUAAGUACUUGUAAAAUAUUAAUUUGUUUGCACCAUUGAAUCACAUUUCGUCAUGACAAUAUUUCGGUUCGCUUGAUAAGUAUUUAAAUUAAUCAAUCCUAUAACAUUAUAUAUGAUGACAAAUUAUCAUAUAUCAUCACUGUUAUCAAGCUAACUCAUCAAAAUUAAUAGAAACAUCUAAACUUAAAUAGUAGAAAGUUGUAAAAAGUACACUUUAUACCACGCAGCGAAACCCUGGGCUUCUUUAAGGUGUGACUUGUAUUUGCUCCUAAAGAUGGGCAAGAAGCAAGCGUAUAAAGUGGUCGUAACGUCAUGUUUCGUGUGCAAUAGGGUUUAGGAUAGAAAUGUGAUUGGGGUCCAGUUCAAAGUAUAAUAUAUUUGUGCGCGAAACAUGAUUGAGGAUAUCACCAUAAAAUUCCAGUAAAAUGUGGAAAUGUUUGCCACGCUUGUGACGUCAUCCUAUAUGCUUAUCAAAAAGUAGAGCACACCUGCAAAACAAUGCAAUGAUAUGUUUCAAAAUAUUACUUGGGUUAACGAUUUCUUCAAUCUAGACAAUCCUAAAUUUUGUUGCCGUUAUACCCUUAAUAUUUUUUCGACUAUUACAGUUCUUGUAUUCUGUUUGAAGUGCAACUUUUGCAGCAACUUCUAGUUUUGAAUUGUUACUCUACCGAAAGCAAUCCGCGUUGAGCAACAAAUCAAAUCAAGCUAAUGUGUUUUAUUUAGAUCCUAACCUUACGUCUGAUGAGAGUGGUUCUACCCUCAUGGGAUGGAGAUGGUUAUUCAGCACAAAUGUCAACACUAAUUGAAAAGCUUUUUGCUCUGCUUGGUCGUGUCUUGAUGACUUGUACAGGAAUGCUUCCCAUUGAUAGUAAGUGCUUAUCCACCACAAUAUGAAUCAUUCUCAGUCCAAUAUCGUCCAACAUCUUUGGUCCAACGAUGUUGGGCGAUGUUGGAUGAAUAUUUGGGAAACCUGAUCCAACAUCAGUGAACAUUACAUAAUAAUUAUAAUAAUUUUGUUUAAACUGGAAAAAACCCCGAUCAGCAUAAUUACAAGAAAUAGCUGGUAUUAACCAGUGACCAGCAUCGUAAAGGAUUUCUAUGGUAAAAAACACAAAUAAAAAACUUAAAUAAUUAUUUUACACUGCAUAUAUGUUCUUUUUUGUCCAUAUUUAAAAAAUACUUAAAUAUUUUAGUUUUAAAGUUAGAUAAAGAUUGUAUAAUGUUCAAACAAAGCCAAUGAUGUUCAAACAAAGUCAAUAAUGUUCAAACAAAGCCAAUAAUGUUCAAACAAAGCCAAUAAUGUUGCAGUCUGCAGCAGUAUAGGAUGUUAGACCAACAUGUUGGACUGUUUUGAACGGGCCUGUAUAUUUCAAAAUCUGUUUUAAGGUCGGAAAAAGAAAAUGCAAGGAAGAAAAUCUAAACCUAAAGCGUCUCUCACAGCUUCACAUAGCAGUACAGUUGCUGAAGAAUUGGUAGUACUUCUUCGUCAUCUUCAUUCGUUUGAUUCCUGGAAUCCUUUGAUUAACGAUUUUAUUAGUGCAAGAUUGAAUUCCAUUGCCGAAACUGCAUCGCAAUCUAAGGUACGAAAGAGAACUUUCACAGGAUUUGUGUUAAAUUUACUUACUGUUAAGCUAAUUUCGGGCUGCGAGCAGGCUACUCAGUUGCCUAUAUUCAAUUUGUGGGUUUGGGAUAAAAGCACCAAAUUAGUACACUAAUGUUUUCCUGGUUGUAAUAUAACAGUCAGUGUUUCAGGUUGUGAGAUGUCUGAUGGUAAAAUAACUCGACUAAUAUAAAGACAUUUUUGACAGACAAUUUCAGAGAAUACGGAAGAUGAACCAGUAGAAGGAGGUAUUAUGGCUGCUCUGGCUGUUAUUGGUGGUGUAGAUAGUCGACCACGUUUGGGUGGUAUGGUUCAUCAUAAUGAUCAUGGUGUUGGUACUGUAUCACGUAUCGCAGCUAAUGGCAAGAUCACUAUGCAAUGUCAAGGAAGUAAUGAAAUACAUACAUGUUCCAUAUCACAACUUAAGUCGGUAUGUAAUGCAGGAUAUCUAAGAAAAUCGUGUUGUCUUUGUUGGUAAUGAUUUAAACUUUGUGGUUUAACCCACGUUACUGUACGAAAACCAUUCUUUGUAGAGGUUCUCCUUAGUUAUACGGAAAUUUGUAAUGCGUUAUUUCACAAUGCCAAGAAACGUCUGGUUUGGCCACCGCAAUAUACAUUGCUGGUCAAAACCAUCUGCGACACUUUAUUAAAACAUUCCUCUGUGGUUUUUUUUACUAUUAGACCGGAAUAAUAUUUGUCCCCCGCCCCCAAAAACAAUGUUGGACGUAUUACAAUUGCUUUAACUUCAUGUAUUCUGGGAAUGCAAUCAACAUUGAACGGUGGGGGGAAGGGGAAGGUUUUUCUGAAUUUGCAAUAAUAUUACGAAAUUUUGCAGAUAUUUUGCCCAGGAUUGUAGCCUGUACCUAUACUCACCGUUUUGUAAUUCUUACGUAAUAUAAUAUUACUUUUGUAUCGUUUGAGUAUUUAUAACAAAGAUUGCGUUGUCUUGAUUGCCUUAUCUUGAUUCUAUUUUUUUAAAUUAUUUUAGUAAUUAAAAUUCUUAGCGUUGAGAGUAUACUGUACUUGUUAGGCGGGCAAAUUCCGUCCUUACAUACCUUCUAGGUGAUUAGUAAUAGUGUAAGCUGUUAUUAGAUGUUGUCAAAUAACUAUCCGAGAUUUAAUCUUCACAAACCUUACCGUAUUGCAUGUUAUCUAAAUUGGACAUUGCAAUAUCUACUGACACGAAACUAAAAACAUUUCCUGAUUAUUUGUAGGUUCCUGUGAUAUCAUUUUGUGUUGAGCGUCUGAACGUGUCUGGCAGUAUGUUAAAUAUGUGGUCAUCUCUAGUCAGAUUGACUGGUGAGGGUGUACUAACAUCGGAAAUGAAGGAGUCUGCAGCACCUUCCGAUGAUGAAACGUCCGAAAACACAUUUUCCAAAGGUAAGUCCUGAGAUGGACGCAGCAAUUUUCCCUGAGCGCCCACAUGAUAGGGACCCCAAGUAAUUGAGACGGUGCUCAAAUUGGACAAGCCCCAACUCCUAUCAAAUUGGACAAACCCCUCCUCCCCCCCCCAAUUCAAAUCGGUCCCAAUUCGCAAAUUGUUCCUCACUCUCAAACUGUUUCCCAGUUUCGAGUUGUUCCCCACUUUCAAAUUGUUUCACCUCUCAAGUUGGCUGGCUCAUCUCUAAACACGAGGUCUUAUCCUAACUUGGGAGAGCUUUUGUUGGAUCCUUCUGAAGUAGGGGACUCUGGUGGAGGGUCUUACGUAUGGGAACUAAUAACAUUUGAAUUGUGCUUAUUUGAUCUCAUACUCUAACUAUAAAUAGCAUUCUUAUGAACCAUUGCCUGAUAUUUUUAAGUAACUUUAAACAAGUGUCUUAGUGGUAAAGAAGCGUGUCUAGCUAAAAUAUCAGUGUCUGGUACUUGUAGAUGCAUGUAUUCUUUUAAAAUCCUGAUUUUAUUCCUGAUGUUUUAUUGUACGUCUUUACCAUUACAAAAUUAGUUGACCAAUGACUGCAACUGGAAACAAAUGACUACAACUUUCUCUUUAUAUUUUAAGGUGUGUUUGAUGUGAUCGAAACAGCGUUACUGAGGAAACAACAAAUUUGUCUUGGAUUACUCAAGGCAGUUCGUGUUCUUUUGAGUCCUCAAGAACACCUUAGAAAGAUCAUUCUUUCUUCAGAAAGUACAGGUGGCUCAGAAGAAGCGCAAACAUUGUUUCAACAGUUGAUGAAAACUGCAGUAAAGCCAUCGCCAAUUAAGCCUAUUUUUGGUCGGGAAGAGCUAGAGGUGAGCUAUUACUGGGGUGUGUAUGGUAUCUAUAGCCUUAUUACGAUUAUACGAUUAACAUUUCUAUAGCGCGAAUUGACAUGCGGAUAUGAUCAAAUGCGCUUUACAUCAAGUAUUACGCUUACCUAAUAACGUACUUAACCUAGAUUAUUUUAUCUUUACAACAAUUUUGAUAUUACUUUUGUAACGAAGCACUCUGAACACUUUACGUAAAGUUCUUUAAUAACAUAUCACAAACAAGCAACUUCUCCACAAAAUAUCUCUCACGAUCUCACAAUUAUUUCAGCUAUCAAACUUACAUACUUUUGUCUCUCGCCAUGCGGUCAUACUACUAAAAUCACAUACGUCAAAAGGUACUUAAAUUACAUACUCCAAAAGACACUUCUUCAUGACUUUCUUAACUGUGUUUACCCACUCGGAGAAAACCCACGACUGUCGGCAGAGCGUAGACUGACACUUUUCACAUGAGUCUGUAGCGAGAAUCGAACCCACGAUCUCAGAGGUGAAAGGCGCUUGCUGUGACGACUGCGCCACCGAAGACCCGCUUAUUACUUAAUUAUUCUCAUAACUUUUAAGAUUUUAAAAAAUCUAUUAAACAGUUCAAUUUGUGGAGCUAAUGACUGUAGGUCAAGUUGUAGGCCAAAUCAAUUAAAUUUUAGUUUAAUUUCGAUGAAAUAUAUUUACUAGAGUUUGCCUUGCUUUUCCGGGCUGAAAGAACUGAAUGCGAUAUAAUUUCAGCAUGGAUUUUUUAUUCUUCACUUUCACUGGUAGAUAUGUGCCCUACACUUUUGUGAGGCUACGUCCCCACUAAUCCGUUUUCGUAGCGUUUUCGUCUUAUUUUCCGUUCACAAGGGAAUAGAAGACAAUGCUCUAAUUACCCGAAAUAAUACGAAAACGGUAGUGCUCAGUGGUGUAAAAGUAAGGUUUAUGAAAAUCAAGUCGACUUAAAAGAAGAUCUAGAAUGAGUAAGAAAUUACCAGUUGGUAUACUGGUAAAUACUUACGCAUUCUAGAUCUUCUUUUAAGUCGACAUAUGUAUUAAUGCUUGUUAUCGUGCAUAGAUUUGAAAUUUAGAACUUCACCAUAUUGAUAUUUCAGGCGGCUGCCCUCUCCACUUGUCAAUAUCUGGCUGCAGAAGCGUACAGUCCAGUACCAUGCGAUAUAGAUACCACUGGGAGUCCUACAAGUAAUAUCAACAACAAAAGUGAAAGUCCUAAAAGCACUAAAUGUCCAGGGAAAAGAACGAAAUCUCUUUCUAAAGUUUCACAUCCAGUCGUUGCAAAAUGUAUUGAGAUGGGAUUUCCUCAAGGUCAUGUUGAAUAUGCUGUAAAGGAACUGAAAGUGGAAAAUCCUCGACCUGAAAUGGUUGUCGCUUGGUUACUCGAUCAUCCCGAGGUAUUUGAGAAAGAGUAUCCCUGUAUUCACUGAAAAUUUUUUCACAAUUCCUACUAUGGAAAUAGUAAGGAUCUUCUUUGGAAAUAGUAUUAUAAAAUGACAUUUAUAUAACGCGUGCUCUGAUUGGUCGAAACCCGUGUUUGGAUCAGGCCAUCCAAACACGGAAAUUUAAAGUGCCUUCGCGGUUAUUUUAAACUUUGUUGUUAUUUUAUAAAGCAAUUACUUUAUGGUUUCCGUGUUUGGAUGACCUCCAAACACUUGGGAAUGUUGCUCGAGUUAAGAAAAGCGCGCAAAAUCACUCGCCUUCGGCUCGUGAUUCUUAACUCUCGCAACAUUCCCGCGUGUUUGGAUCAAGCCAUCCAAACACGGAAACCAUAAAGUAAUUGUAUAUGGAAACCCAAUUUUCAUACUGCUUGCAAUUUCCGUACUAUGCAGGGUAUAUACUAUAUGGAAAUAGUAUGGAUGUACUAUGGAUUUAGUGACGCAAUUGCAAAUUCCAUAGUAUGGAUUUCACUAUUUUUUCCAAUAAUUCAGCAACAUGAUGUUCAUGUUUACGCUAAAUUGUUAACUUUUGAUUGUCUUAUGGAACAUCAAAAUUUGUUACUGUAUAGUUUCUAUAAUGUAAGGCUAUUGUUAGGUUCACGCGUUCUAGAUUUAAUAUUUAUUUUCUUGCAAUACAUAAUUAUGAGCUUUUGACUAUAGUGUAUGCGAUGGCUGAAUAUUUAACUCGAAAUAUCAGACGUUGUUCGCGGAAGCGAUCCUGCAGAGUUUUUCUACAUGCACUGGUACCAGAUUUAAUAUGCUUCAACCAAAUUGCGACCGGAAAUUGCACAAAAAAUGAUAUCACUGAGUAUUCAUUGCAAUGGCUCGCGCUCUUUUUUGCUUCGCUUUGUUUCAACGUUUUAUAAUAAAUUGUGCUUAAUUUGUAAAUUUGAAGUGUUUUUAAAUAUGCUCAAGUAACGGAAUAUAUUGUUUUAAGGCCUUUAGCCUGUUCUUUACCUUAACGUUUUACCAAUGAAUCGAAAACUUUGCCAUAUCUUGAAAUAUUUUAGUAGUUGCGUCAUUAAUAUUCUGAACAGUUCAACAUGUAUAGUCUAGUCAUGUUCUGUUAAGUUAGGUUGACCUGCCUUAGAUGCCAAUUUUUAACCGCCUAUGUGCUUCAGAAAAAUAAUUACAAAAUACAGAACUCAAUGAGCCAUUUUCUGAAGAGGUGACGUUUCCACAGGUACAUUACUAUAAUCGACCAGCAGUGCCAAUUUUAUCUAAGGAUCUGUUUUUUGGUUUAGACGUAAGUCCUAUCCGAUUUCAUAUUGUUAUCCUUUAUUCAUUUAACGUCAACUUGAAACUUCAGAUUUUUGCUGCUAUCGAACUGCUCUAGCACUGCUUGUUGAUUUAAAGCUGUCUCGUCCCCAAUCGCUUUCAAGGGGGAGGACGGGGGGAGGAAAACAAAAAAAAAUCUUUGUUGCAGCAACUUAUCACAGCCACUGAUUUAUAUAGAUUGGACUGCACUGUGUCUAACGAAGGGCCUGCGGAGGAGGCAGGAUUUAAAGCAAGCAUAGUCACGUGAUUUAACCCACCUUUCUUUGUAUGGUUUAGAUUCCUGAGAUUGAAGAGACAGAGACAGAGUGUAUUUCCUCAGAUGAUGAAGAUGGUGGUGGUAAUACAAGCAGUAGUCAAAGUGAUGGCGAGGCGACAGAUGAACAUUAUAAUGGCACUGCAGUUGUUUAUAAGAACAGAAAUCAUUUCCGAGAUAAUGAGGAAUAUGCUAAGUAUGUUCGAGAUAAAGUGCAGGUUGGCAUGACUGUGAAGUGUUGUAGAACAUAUGAAGAGGUGCAUGAUGGUGAUAUUGGCAAAGUGAUUAAGGUAAGCACGAUAAAAGCUUUCGUUUUGCUAAGUUAAAUAUGUGGGACAUGAAACAAUGUUAGAACAGUCGUAAUUAUGGGGGAAAACUAGGAACAAAUUGUUAGCCUCGGUAUGCAGCCAAACAAAAAGUUGAAUAGCAGUUGUUUUCCAUUUUAUACCAUACAUUGAUUCGUAUCUGAAGAGUGCGCUUUCUAUUCAUUUGAGUGGAAUGAUCCCGAAGCCAACGGCGCGUAA